CUAGUGAUCGAUGGGUUCUCAUGUGAGGAAAACCUCAACAAACAAGUCAAAGAAAGCCGUAAUUAUUUCCAGUAGCUCGUGUUCAUUUUCCGUGUUGUCAUUCGUCGUGUCUAUGUGCGGUAUAAUCAUAUGAGUAUUACAUACAUCGAUCGUGCUAACAACUGAAGCCAUAUACAUGGGCAGUGUCACAUGCGUACUGAAGGUUUGACGUUGAUGUUCAAGUAAGAAUGGAAAUGAAGCAAACUGCUGCAACAAGCGACACAGAUCGGGAGAAUGCGACGACUAACCGCAUCUUUACUGCAGCAAAAUCUGGCAAUUUGGAUGAAUUGCGAGACCAUUUGGACGCGGAUUCCAGUAGGAUUAACGCUACAAACAGCAAUGGAUUGUCACCGCUCUAUUUAGCCGUGAAAGGGGGCAGUCUGUCAUGUGUUAAACUUCUCGUCUCGAAAAACGCAGAUGUGAAUAUGAUGGCUAGAUCAAGCCUGGUUGUGACAGGACCGUCGGAGGAUGCGUGGACGUUAGCUUACUCUGAGUGUGCAUUAUCACCAUUCCUUCUUGCCUGUCGACUCGGCCACCAGUCUGUAGUCGAGUUCCUGUUCUACAACGGUGCUGAUCUACGCCAGACCAGUGCCGAUGAUGAUCGCAAUUGCUUAUCCUUGGCCAUCAUGUAUAACCGGGAGGAUACUUCGAAGUUUUUGGUGACGCAUACCGAUUUCGAUACACUCUUGGUCCUUAUGAAGACGAAGUCACAUGACCUCACUUUGGGCCUGGGACGUCGAGCAUUCAAAACGUCUACGCCUAUGAGACAGCUGAUACAAUACAUGCCUGAUGUAGCUGAGAUCGUAAUGGAUAGAUGCAUCACAUUAAAUGAAAAUGGCGAUGAAGUCAAGUGCUACCUGGAACUUCUCGAUGAUUACUUUUCUCCUUGGGCACAGCAGAACAAAUAUACCAAUGAUGUCUUUGAUGACGAUGGAAACUUACUAGUGAAUGCUCAACCAAAUCGUACUCACAUAGAAAAUGACAAUACUGAUGUCUUUGACGACGACGGAAAGCUAUGCGUGGACAUUGAACAGAAUCAUACUAAAAUAAGAAAUGGUAAUCACCCCUUGGCCCUUAUGCAAGAACAGGUGCGCCACGUCCAUCUUCUGACCCAUCCUCUCUCAAUCAAGCUCAUCGAACACAAAUGGCGAGUCUUUGGAUUCGCAUUGAAUUUGGUCUCUCUCCUUGUGUAUCUCAUCUUUCUAAUUUUUCUCACUGGAUACGUGUUGGUGAAUCCUCCUUCUUUCUACUUCACGUUCUACAAUGACACCCACGUCGAUUGGGUCUACGAUCCGAGCAAGCUGUUACCUGAUGAAACGUAUUCUGAUGCUGCAAAGUAUUUCUUUGGGAGUAACAGUGCUGGAUUCCUGUUGACGUUGGUUGUCCUCAAUGUUAUCAAAGAGGUAUUUCAGUUGUACAGCCAAGGACAGAGUUACUUUAAUUACCAAAGUCUUUUAGAGUGGUCUAUCUACGUGUUGACAUUCUGUCUCGUAAUACCAGUCAGUGAAGCCCGAUACGAAGAAUAUGUGUUAAGACAGAAAUGGCAAUGGCAGUGUGGUGCAUUGGCUAUCUUUCUGGCAUGGAUCAACCUCACCCUCUACGUUCGACAAACAUCAAGCCUCGGUAUCUACGUCAUCAUGUUUGAAGAUGUCCUUCUCAGUACUGUUCAAUUUCUUGCCGUCAUCUUGCUCUUCAUCGUGGCAUUCGCUUUAGCCUUCAACACCUUACUUUUAAAUCAGACUGAUUUCCAUUCCUUCGGGGAUGCCUUUCUUCGAACGUUUGCCAUGACGACAGGAGAGCUGGACUUUAGUCGGAUGUUUCACUCUCAGAACUACCUUGGGACUAAGAACGAGAGCCCAGUGGAAGACUACAUUCUGACUGCUGUCUUCUCAGACAUCAUUACCAGCAUCACCUUUGUCGUCUUUGUCAUCACGAUGCCCAUCAUUGCCAUGAACUUGUUGGUUGGUGUGGCCGUUGAGGACAUUCAUCGCAUUAGACAGAAGGCAACAUUCUAUUACAUGAAGUUAAAGGUGGAUCGUGUGAUAUCAGGAGAGAAUAUGGCUUUUGGUACCCCACUACGUAAAUACGUCAUAAGAUGGCUUCCUAUGAUCACGGUCCAGUCAAUGAACAUGCGACUUUCACGUCAAUCCAGAGCAGCAAGGUUUCGAUCUUGGUUUACUUCUGUCUUUGAUUUUGAAAAGCUUCGAGAAAGCGUUCGAGAGGUCUGUUUGAAGAACCAGGAGAGAAAAGAACUUCGCGCAAAGAGUUCAUCUAGCAGUCAGGGUGACCAGACCGAUGGUGGAACUGACCAAACUGUACUUCAAAAGCUACGUCAAAUGCGAGACGAAAUCGAUGGAAUGAUAGGUCAGGUCGAACAUAGUUCUGCCUAAAUGUAUAGGCAAAGU